GUAUAAGGCAUGCAGUGUAACCCGUGGGAGCCCUGUGGCCUUGCUGGGUCUUAUGGUGCUUUCACUCACUUGAAUUGACUUGCUAUUAGAUAUGAUAGACUUGGAGAUUUCCCACGAUACCGUCUUAGGGUACAAACUGCGGAGCGGGCAGACGAUAAGACAUUGAGGACUCAGGAACUGUGAGGAGGGAGAAAGACUGCGGACCAAGAAGUCACCAUACACGGCAUCCGGAAAUCCAUUAGAUUGUGUUCUGCGCUAUUGAGAAGUUCUGGAGAGGAUAACCAGAAGGCUCAGUGAUGGACUAUGGGAAAAAAAACAUUAUUUUCUUCUCUCUCUGUGCAUUCGUUGGAACCGCAAGACUUCUGGAGAUCAAGACCAAUCUUGAAAUCAUGAUUUCUGUCCCACCAACCCACGUGGGAGACACAGAGAUUGGGUCAGCAGUCUUUUCUUCAUCACCCGGUCACCCUUUCAUGUACACAGUUGUAGCCCAGAAGAACCAAACCCGAUGCAUCAAUUCCACCGAUCCCCUGUGCUCCUCCCUAAUCAAAGCCCCAGCGGUUAAUGUGUCGGUGACUUCAACUUCAAGUAAUGGAAAGAAUUUUACUUAUUUCUGCUUCGUUAAUGGGUCACGACGGGUGGUAAUACAUGUUGGCCCUGAGGUCAGUGUAACGCCUCAGAUUGUGGAGGGUGAAGGCGACAAUAUCACAGUGAUUCUAGAUAUUACGUAUAAUGAGGCCAACACCACAGGUCACACGUACAGCCCAAGAAGCAGUAGAAGACCUGCAUUAUUUGGCUUCGGUGUUCACUUUGUCACAGGUACCACCACGAUCAUAGAAGAAAGGAAUGGACCAUGGUAUGGACAACAAAAUCCAUACAGAUAUCGACCCAUAAAUGGACAAUCUGCCCUGGGUUGUGCUCCGGUGGGUGCGCUCGUUCUCCUCGCUCUGACUCCAUUUUACUUCUCAAGUGACUGAUGAUAUCAUUAUUUUGCCAUUUCAAGCUAAUAACAUCCACAGCACGAACCUCCAUAUAGACCACCAGGUAUCCAUCGGAGGCUUGAAGAAAAUCAGCAAUGGAAAGGAUUCUGGAAUCUAGCAUAGAAUAUAUUAACAUAGCAAGAUUUAGACAUUUAUCUACCUGCCUGCAAGAAGCUUAUAAAUAUCAAUAUACCUGUAUUAUCCUCAAUAAAGAGAGAUCGGCCUUUGCUUAGCGA